AUGCACCGCGUACCUAAUACGGUCUGCACGUGGGACAGUAGCCGCCCCCAGGAACCAGGGGUGACCCUCACGAAGCUUCUAGCCCCAGACGGCGGGCUGGCGGGGGCUGAAGCUGCGGCCGGCGGGGGCCCUGGCGCAGGCGUCGGAGGCAUCGGGAGAGGAAUUAUUGGCCUGGGCAACAUCACCCGAUUACUGCUCCAGUUGGAAAACUUCACCUCUCACGGCACUGACCAACAAAUGAGGCAGCUACAGCAACAAGUCGAGGAGGGAAUCUUUCCUGAGCAACUGGUCAGUGCCGGGACAGGAGCCAGCAGCAGUCUUCAGAAGUUACAGCAAAUGCAACUGCACAAAAUACAACAGCAGCAAAGACUGCUGGAACAACAUAGAUUGCAACAGCGUCUGCGUCAGCAACAACAACAGCAGCAGCGACAGCGCGGCCCGGUGCGCACUUUCGCUUACGGACCCACCAAUAAUAUUCAUCCUCAUCAGAUCUUUCGAGAGUAUAUCUUCAACUGUUCCAAUAUCCAUCAUAUCAAAAUUGUACGCAAGGUCGGACACGGCGUGUCCAAACAGACCUAUCUAGGCACUUUCCGCGGCAUGAAAGUGGCCGUCAAGAUGGUCACCCGGCAUGUGUCUGACAUCCAGAGUUGCCUAAAACGGUACAAGGAGCAAGGAGACAAUCCCAACUCGGCCAGGGAUUCGCGAGAAAUGCUUUGUAUUCCCAACCAUGAAGCUAUAAUGAAAGAAAUCCUCCUUCUAGAGCAGCUGAGUCACCCGAACCUUAUAAAAUUACUAGGAUUCUGUGUCCGCAGUGAGGAGACAGACACGACAGACCUAUCCGAACACGGCAUUAUAGCCGUCCACGAGUUUGGAGAACAUUUUAUGAUUGACAACUUGAGGAUUCUACCCUGGCAGACACGUCUCAAACACGCACGGCAGCUAGUCUCCCUUCUCCAGUACCUGGAAAACUCACCUGUGGGGUCUUUACGCAUUUCCGACUUCAAGGAAACACAUUUUCUGAUGGUUAACAAUGACCGCAUCAAAAUGAUUGAUAUGGAUGAUAUCCAUAAUAUCGAACCGAAAUGUUCGACCUACAAUCGACCGGCCUUGGGUUACGUACUCAAAGAUGUCCCGGCCCACUUGAGUCGCGGCGAAAACGAAUGCGAGUAUUCGCUGCCUUGUCGAAUGGCAUUAUGCCUAGGAUUCAACGCAAAAUUUAACUUGGACAGGGCCAAUGCUUUGUUUUUUAAGCGUCUACUCUACCCGUCAUCAUUUCCGUCUAAUAUAACACGUCGGCUGGAAGAGCUGAACGUCGAAUUGGACACAUUGUCGAUUAGCACAAUAGAUCUGCUACGGGAACUUGAUUCGAUACAGCUCAUAGCCGACGAAAUUCUCAGAAAUGUUAGAAGAAAAGUUAGGACACGUGCGAGUCAUUGA